AUGAAGACCUUGCGGUUCAUCUGUGCCCAAGCCCUGGUAUCAAAUGCCCAGAUCGCCCAGAGAAGUAUCACUUGUGUGGCACAAAAUCUGUACCCUCUACUCUUCAAAGCAAGCUACAUGCUGGAACAGGCCACGGUGAUUCAUAACUUAGUAGAAAAGUGGCCAUUGGCAGAAUUCAGCAUUAGGAAGCUCCUGGGGAAAACACCAGACUGUGAAGAAGAUCUCUGCAACAGGACCUGCCAACUCUGCCUGCAAGCAUGUUUGACAGGGCUGAAGAGCUAUGUUUUACACAGUUCAGUGACAUAUUCAAAGAGGCUGAAAAUGUUUGAUUUAACAGGCCUUGUUGACGUGGAAUUUCAGGCCUGCAAUUGUGGCAAAACUUUGGGGAGGUGGGGAAGAACUGAGUUGAUGGCAAGGACCUGUUUUGACUUGCUAGUGGAGAUAGAGGCCCGUCAGCUCGGUACUUUGGUGUCCGAUAUUUCAAUCAAGGUUUUAAUGAGUAUGUUUGUGACACAGCGGAACUAUGAAACAGUGGUUGAGGCCUUGUUGUUGAGGAAGCAGUGUCCACUGAAGAUCACAUGUGUAGACCUCAGAGCUGACAGUUUGACUUUGAGGAAAUUCUUUUACAUCAUCAAACUAGUCAAGCCUGAGACUCUGCAGAAGUUGGAGUUAGUCCACAAUAUUCACAUGAAAAUGGAACAUCUUGAAUUCCUCUUGAGCCAAGUUGCAUUCCCACAGCUCCGAUCGCUGACACUCCCAGCAAGAACCUUUGAUGUACGUAGAAUGACGCAAGAGGAUGAACCUCUGUUGGUGAGAAUUGGUGAGAUGCUAAGUGGAAUGAAAUUCCUUACAGAACUGAGCUUGGCUUUUUCAAUUCUAACCGGACGAAUACGCAAGAUACUCAGUCCUUUAAAAACUCCUCUGCGGUCUCUGGAUGUGUCCAAUUGCUGUCUGAAUCACGUAGACAUGGCAUACCUGGCCAACAGUCUGCAUGCUGAAUACCUGGAAGUGCUGGAUUUGAGUGGCAACAGUGUCACUGACCUCUUCCCUUCAACCUUCUUCAAGCUGCUUACCCUGCGUCCCACACUCUGAGGAGCACUAACCCUUGAGGAGUGUGACAUCAGUGACGAACAGAUCCAUCUGUUGAUGCUAGCCAUAGAGCCCUGCAAAAUGUUAACAGAGUUCAGGUUCCUGGGAAACCCGCUAACAUCAAGAUCACUUCGUCGUAUCUUUGAAGUGUUCACGGAGCUCCCUAUGCUUUGUAAAGUCGAGAUUCCAGUCCCUAGGGACUGCUAUCCUGCAUCCUAUACUUAUCCACUCACAGAUGAAAACCUGCUGAAAUAUGAUAGGGAGAAGUUUGAGGAGAUAAACAAUGAAUUAAUGGUGAUAUUGUUGCAGGCCAAUCGAAAUGAUAUCGUUGUGUCAACUCCAAUCUUUGGCAGUUUUGAUCCCAACAUUCAUGAAACGAGCAAUGAGAUUAGUGUUGUAAUGCUUCAAUCAUUCAAAGAUGCUAUUUCCAACAUUUUAACAACUUUGAAUGAAGUGGAUUAG